AAUAAAUAUUACGUACAUACUCACACUGUCGUACUAUAUAUAAUAUAUUGGAUUUUGUAUACUGUUCAGCCUUUUUCUUUUCUUUGCCUUUGUUGACAAUGGACAACCGCAUGGGAGUCGGAGUCGGAGUCUCUGUCAUGCUGCUGCUGCUGCUGGCGCUGCUCUGCGCCGGCGCCGCCGCCGACCUGGGCUAUCGUGCCAAUGCCGUGCAUCCAGACUAUCCGGGCCAGUGCUACCUUGAGGAACUGAAGCAGCCGAUACCCAAGUAUCAGUCGUACAAGCCCAUCAAUAGCGCGGGCCACUGCAACUCCUUCUACUGCCGGCCGGACUUUGUUCUCGAGAUUGGCUACUGCGGUCGACACAAUCUGAUGCCCACGAAGAACUGUAAAAUUGGCUCCGAUAUGCGUCUGAUUUUUCCACAAUGUUGUCCCAAGCUGAUCUGUCAAGAGCCGGAGUCCAAUGAUAUUUAGUUCUAUAUUGUACAUAUAUCUAUCAUAUCAAUAUUAUAUUAUUAUUUCUAUACAAAA